AUGAUGUUUUCUGGUAACCCUCGAGUUCUAAAGAAUUCAAGUCUCAGCCUAGAAGAUUGCGAAUUUGAAUGCAGGAGAAACUGCUCUUGUAUUGCUUAUGCUUCUGCUCAUGACAACAGAACUGGAUGUUCCGUGUUGGAUGGAGAGUUGAUGAAUCUUCGUGAGACCUCCAGCAAUGUCCCUGAUCUUUAUGUUCAUCUCUCUGCUUCAGAGUUUGAAAACAAUACAAGUUCAGACCGAGGAAAGAAGAAGAGGAAACAAGUAAUCAGUGCACUAACAAUCUCUCUGUCCAUACUUCUACUGGGCUCCUUUAUGUGUUGUUUCUGUAUGCGAAAGCUAAUGCAUAAAGGGAAACGGGAAACAAGCCAAGAAGUAUUAUUGCGUGAGUUAGGAGAUGAUGGGUCAGAUGACAGGGGACUCAUGAAUGCAAAUAGGCUCAGAGAAGGUGGAAGGAAGGGUCUGGAGUUGCCGCUAUACAGUUUUGCAAGUAUAGUAGCUGCGACAGAUAACUUCUCUCCAGCAAAUAAGCUUGGGCAGGGUGGUUUUGGCCCUGUUUAUAAGGGUAGGUUGUCCGAGGGACAAGAAAUCGCUGUGAAAAGGCUGUCAAGAAGUUCUGGACAAGGUCUAGAAGAGUUCAAAAAUGAGAUUAUACUUAUUGCCAAACUCCAACACACGAAUCUUGUUAGGCUUUUGGGUUGCUGCAUUGAAGGAGAAGAAAAGAUACUGCUCUACGAAUACAUGCCCAACAAAAGCCUGGACUUCCUCCUCUUUGAUCCAACCCAACGAAAGCUUUUAGAUUGGGGAAAACGCAUCCACAUCAUUGAUGGAAUUGCUCAAGGGCUUCUCUAUCUUCACAAGUACUCCAGAUUGAGAGUUAUUCACAGAGAUCUUAAAGCCAGUAACAUCCUCUUGGAUGGUGAGAUGAGCCCCAAGAUAUCAGACUUUGGCAUGGCGAGAAUUUUCGGGCGAAAUGAAUCAGAGGCAAAUACAAAUAGGGUUGUUGGAACUUAUGGUUAUAUGUCUCCCGAGUAUGCAAUGGAGGGCCUUUUCUCAGAGAAAUCUGAUGUCUUUAGCUUUGGAGUCUUACUUCUAGAGAUUGUCAGUGGCAAGAAGAACACAAGCUUUUAUCAUUCUGAUAUGUCUCUAAACCUUCUUGGAUAUGCAUGGGAAUUGUGGAAGGAUGGUAGGGUCUUGGAGUUGAUGGACCCAACGUUAGGUGAUACAACAUCUACUGGCUGCGACAUUUCGAGAUUCAUCCAAAUGGGACUCUUAUGUGUGCAGGAAAGUGCGAGGGAUAGACCCACCAUGUCCGGCGUUGUUUCUAUGCUUAGUAAUGAAAUGGCAAUGUUGGCUAAUCCGAAACGACCUGCAUUCUUUCUAGGAAGAAGGGGGCUUGAGGGAAAUUCAUCUAAAAUCAGAACAGAGAAUUGUUCCAAUAAUGAUGUAACUAUUUCUGUGAUAGAAGCUAGAUAGACAUUCACACUUCAGAACAGAGUAUGCCUCUUUUUCCAAUCAAUGGAAGUUUAGUUGGUUGAAGUUCAAAUAAUUCUUACCAUUUUAUGUCAGUCAGAUUAAAUGAUUAUGUUGUAUCCUCCCAUAUGAGACAAUGAGUAGUAUGGGUAAGAUUGUGGGAUUUAUUCUCUAAACUCCCAUAAAUAAGCUAUUAUUUCUUUGAA